AUGCGAAGAAAUUCACCCUCAAAGGAUCGAUUGGUAGGUAUGGGGAGGGGUAAGAUCGUGAUUAGGAGGAUUGACAAUUCGACGAGCAGGCAAGUGACGUUCUCGAAAAGGAGGAGCGGAUUGCUAAAGAAGGCGAAAGAACUUGCGAUCUUGUGUGAUGCUGAAGUCGGCGUUAUGAUCUUCUCUAGCACAGGCAAACUUCAUGAAUUCUCCAACACUAGCAUGAAGUCGGUGAUUGAUCGAUACCACAAAGCCAAAGACGAACAACAAAUGACAACCCCAAUUUCAGAGGUCAGGCUGCAGAUGAAGGACGAAAAGUCAGAAACAAAAGCAUCCAAGAGGCGGAAGGACUCUGAGACUUUCCCAUUGAAAAAUAGAACCACCAAGACCAAAGCAGAAGGAUCAAGGAUCUGCAUGCUUCAUGGGCAAGGGGCAGAUUCGGAAAAUCUGCAAUCGCAGUUCUGGCAAAGGGAGGCUGCAAUGUUAAAGCAACAACUGCAGAGUCUGCAAGAGAAUCAUAGGCGAAUGAUGGGUGAAGAGCUUUCUGGUUUAAGUGUGAAAGAUCUACAGGGCAUGGAGAGCCAACUUGAAAUGAGUCUCAGAGGUAUCCGCAUGAAAAAGGACCAACUUCUUUUUGAGGAAAUCGAAGAACUCAGCCGAAAGGGGAAUCUCAUCCACCAUGAAAAUGUCGAACUUUGUAAGAAAGUAACCCAAAUUCGUGAAGAAAAUACCGAACUCUACAACAAGAUUUAUGGAAUAAGAGAUGGAGAAGCAGCAAACAGAAAUGUAUUUUUGACAAAUGGUUCAGGCAUGAGAGAGGAUCCACAUCCCCCAAUCCAUCUCCAGCUUUCUCAGCCAGAUCAACACGAAGCAACUGAUCAAGCACCACUCCAUUCUACAAAUUUGGGAUUAUAACUACAUUGAUGAGAAGAUGGGUGAACUCCAAAGACUGUUAAUUCAUUCCUCAUCAAAGAUAAACCCGUCUAGUUUAAAAGUUUUAUAGUGUUAGUCAGUGGUUACCAGAUCAUAGACAAUUCAGAAAUGAUGGAAUCAAAUUUGGAAAAUGGAGGGGACCAAAAAAAAAAAAAACUAGCUGCCUGUUAAAGAUUAAAAGAGCAAAUAAAUUGAAGGUCAAAGAACUACAUGAGUGGGGUUUUAUAUUUUAUUUCAUGGAUA